GGUUGGGUGGCUCCGACUCUCUGACGCCAGUGAGACCAGAUCAAUCCAGGCGCAGCGGCGGAGCGAGCGCUGGGCUGCUCAACUGCGGCGGCGGCUCUGGAAGCGAGAGCGAAAAAGCAGCAGCGGCAGCGGGUGGGACUUUGCCCGCCUGUCCAGCAGCUGCGACGCGCUGCCGGGGCGCUUUGCAUGAUCUUUUCUCUUAUUCCCUUAUCGCCUCGUCCCUCGCGGACAGCUGGUACCUGGCUAAGUCCUGGAACCUCAAAGACAUCUAUCAGACUGGAAUGUUGGGUUCAUUUUGCAAGAAUUCAGAACUGGAAAAGAUCAUCUGAAUUUAUUCUGGACAGUUGUUGAAAGAAGACAUAGGACUUUUUUAAUAGAGAAAUUGUGCUCCAAUAUUUCCUUCUAACUAAUCACUAUGAAUGUAACAAGUUUGUUCUCCUUCACAAGCCCAGCUGUUAAAAGACUGCUGGGGUGGAAGCAAGGGGAUGAAGAGGAAAAAUGGGCGGAGAAAGCUGUUGAUGCCUUAGUUAAAAAACUAAAGAAGAAAAAAGGAGCAAUGGAAGAGUUGGAAAAAGCAUUAAGUUGUCCUGGUCAGCCAAGCAACUGUGUUACAAUUCCUCGUUCCUUAGAUGGCAGACUUCAGGUUUCUCAUCGCAAGGGGCUUCCUCAUGUAAUUUAUUGUCGUGUGUGGCGCUGGCCCGAUCUUCAGAGCCAUCAUGAACUUAAACCACUGGAAUGCUGUGAGUUUCCCUUUGGUUCAAAACAGAAGGAAGUCUGCAUCAAUCCCUAUCAUUACAAACGAGUGGAAAGCCCAGUUCUUCCUCCUGUGCUUGUUCCUAGACACAGUGAAUACAACCCUCAGCACAGUCUCCUGGCACAAUUUCGCAACUUGGGACAAAACGAGCCUCAUAUGCCACAUAAUGCUACUUUUCCAGACUCCUUCCAGCAACCCAACAGUCACCCAUUUCCCCAUUCACCAAACAGUAGCUAUCCAAAUUCGCCUGGAAGCAGCAGUGGUACCUACCCUCAUUCACCUGCCAGCUCUGACCCAGGAAGCCCUUUUCAGAUGCCAGCUGAUACUCCCCCUCCUGCUUACCUACCUCCAGAAGAUCAGAUGACCCAGGAUGGUUCACAACCAAUGGAUACCAAUAUGAUGGCACCUUCAAUUCCUUCAGAAGUAAACAGAGGAGGUGACACUUCAUAUUUCAAUGUUCAGGCAGUUGCUUACGAAGAGCCAAAACACUGGUGCUCUAUUGUCUAUUAUGAACUCAAUAAUCGUGUUGGAGAGGCUUUUCAUGCCUCUUCCACAAGUUUGUUGGUGGAUGGCUUCACUGAUCCCUCCAAUAACAAGAACAGGUUUUGCCUGGGGCUCUUGUCAAAUGUUAACCGGAAUUCUACUAUUGAAAAUACUAGGCGGCAUAUUGGCAAAGGAGUUCAUCUGUAUUAUGUUGGUGGAGAAGUCUAUGCAGAAUGCCUUAGUGACAGUAGUAUAUUUGUGCAAAGCCGAAAUUGCAAUUACCAUCAUGGCUUUCAUCCAACUACCGUCUGCAAAAUUCCGAGUGGCUGCAGCUUAAAAAUUUUCAACAAUCAAGAAUUUGCUCAACUUUUAGCUCAGUCAGUGAACCAUGGCUUUGAAACAGUGUAUGAACUCACUAAGAUGUGCACUAUUCGUAUGAGUUUUGUAAAGGGUUGGGGAGCUGAAUAUCACCGGCAAGAUGUCACAAGCACACCAUGUUGGAUUGAAAUUCAUUUGCAUGGUCCCCUUCAGUGGCUGGAUAAAGUUCUUACACAGAUGGGCUCUCCUCAUAACCCAAUCUCUUCUGUGUCUUAAAAGAAUUCUGAAUUUCAGAAUCUAGUGAGCCUUGCAUGUACUUGAAGGAUGUUUGGGUCAGACACAUGAACAAAACUGGCAGCAGCCUUUAUACUUGAUAUCUGUGACCAAUUGUUAGAUCAGGAAGAAAGCUCCUACUAAGUUAUUUUUAAACAUUCAAUUUUCACAAAUAGUAAUCUCUUUCCAAUCUUUAGGUAGGGGAUUAUAAAAGCUAGGGAUGGCCAACUUAAUGUCAAUUGAACACUGUUCUCAAGCAGUGUUAUUUAGCACAUUAAAUCACUGUAUGUGACUCAUUCAUUGUAAUUUGUCCUGAAAUGAAUACCCAACAUUGACAGUUAUACACUCAAAGGAAAGUUUGCAGUGGUAUUUGAAAGUCUUGGUAAUAGUAACUAUCUUGGAGGAAAAAAAGGCUUCUGUGUAUCUUCUGAAAACUGUGUAUUGACCAUAAUGCUGCAAGAAUGUUUUAAGUAUGCUCUCUCCUAAAUGUAUGUACAGUGUAAUUGGAAUUUAGAGAUGGACAAGAAAUUAGAUAAAUGUGGGAAGUGGGUGGGAAGUGAAGCUGACAAAGGACAGGUAGAAAUUAUACUGUUAAACAUAGCUUGUUAAAACAAGACCAAGUCUGUCUGUGUGCAUUUCACUUUUAAUAGUGGCUUCAUCUUAAUAUUAACCAAUAUUUCUACCAUCUCCAGCUUCAUAGAGAAAGGGUGGGUCAAUGCUUUUGUCGUGUACUGCACGGUCUGUAGAUUUCAAGACAAAACUGUACAGUCUUUAAAAAAUCGGGCAGUUCUAUUAUGCAGUUCACAUAACAGAAGCAACUUUUUCAUUUUGUAAAAAUAUUUGUGUUUUGCCAACUUAGCAGAUAUUAGCUUAUGUUGGGAGGACUUAAUCAAUCUAUUCAAUUGUUUCAAACUAAAAGGUGUUUUUUUUUACUAUUUUAAUUGUUUUCUUUCUGCUAAUGUUUUAUAUUCAUUCAAGCUGUAGUACUUUUUCAGUAUUUUAUUUUUUAAUUCCAAAACAUGGGGGGGGGUUCAUCCUUAUUGAAGUUCAAAUAAACAUAUUGCUUACUUUGAUUAAAACAAUCUCUUCUGCAACUUUGUUUAUAAUCAAGAUGAAAAAGCCUAUUAGUUUUGAGAUAAAUGAAUGUGGAUACCUGAAGAGUUGUUAAUGUUUGUUCAGGAGUUCAAAAUCAUCACCAUGCAAGAAUGGAUACUUAAAGUUCCCUUUAUGGCUACUUAACACUUGAAUAAUUUGUCCACCUUCAUAUUGUGAACUUAAUGGGAAAUAGUUUUGCCUAAGCUGUUGUUAUGUUAUAUUCAUCAUAGUUAUGAGAGAAACACAGAUAACUACAUACGAGCUUAAGUAGUAUGCUCUGAUGGUCAUUGCUCUAAAAAAAAUUAGGAAUGCCUGGUUUUUACAUAUUAAGUACAGUUCUGGCUAAAUAUUUAUCUACAUCUAGUCAUUUGAUUUCUAAAGUAAUAUGUUGUGCAAACUCACUUUUGCUUUAUUUAGUAAAGGGCUGGUAAAAUUAUAAUGUACAAAUCACUCACAGCAACUGGAGACAAGGUAUUGUAGCUAGAUUCAAAACUGUAAAGGGAAGCAUUAAAAAGUUCAAAUCUCCUUUGAGUCAAACUCAAAUUGUGGUAACUUCCAGAAUUGCUUUAGUAGAUUAAAAAAAAUCCUUUCCAAUACAGUAUUCCCUAAAAGACUUCUAUCCAAAUGCUUAUCAGGCCUUAGAAUCCAAUUCUGGACAAGAUCAGCCAUCAGCUGUGAUAAAGAAAAGCAUAUCUACACAAACAUUUUAGAGUCAUGGACAUAAUUUUAUUUCAAAAGCAUUUUUGUAGAUGCUGGUCAGAUGAGUUUGAAUAUUUCACUUGAAUAUUCCAGGACCUGGUGCCUCUAGACUAAAAAGCAUAUUUUACUCACACUAAAUAAUGUUAAAGUGUCCAUUCUUUAUACAAGAAUUUUAAAAAAACUGUUAGCAGAGAAAUAAUUUAAUUAAAACAUGUGUGUUUGUUCUCUUGGCUUUGAAUAGAGACAAAGCCUUCCUGUCCCAUUACAGCUGUUAAUUUGCCUAACACAUUAACAUAAUCUUAUCAGUUGUUGUGUUUGUGAAUGAUCAUUGCCUUCAUAAGGUAAGCUUCAAGUGUCUAUAACUGCUGUUUACAAGUCUUCCUAUUUUAAUCCCUUAGUUAACAUUCUGCCUACCCAUUGGCUCCAAACACAUUUGUGAUUGUCAGUUUAAGAUUAAAUGUUCAUGCCUAUGAAAUGGUUCUUAGACUUCAAGACUUCAAAGUACUCAAUUAUAUUAGUAGUUGACCCAUUCUAUGAAGAAUGACUUCCUUUUGUCCACUUGGCUCCUUUUAAUCAAUUGUCAAAUUUAAUUAUCAUCUUCCAGAAGCAAUCUUUCUAUCGAAUAUUUUUCUGGUCGGGUAUAACAAGGUCUGUCAUUUAUUGUUGGGAGAAGGAGUGGAUGGACGAGACGAAGAGACCUGUGAUUCUGGCAGCCUAAAUGUUGUACAAGUAGACCUUGACUUACAACAGUUCAUUUAGCGAUCAUUCAAAGUUACAAUGGAACUGAAAAAAGGGACUUAUGACCAUUUUUUAUACUUACGACCGUGCAGCAUUCUUAUGGUCACAAUUUAUAUUCGGAUGCUUGACAACUGGUUCAUAUUUAUGAUGGCUACCGUGUCCUGAGGUUAUGUGAUCCCCUUUUGUGACCUGAGAAGCAAAGUCAAUGGAAAAGCCAGAUUCAAUUAACAAUUGUGUUACUAAUUUAACAAAUGUGGCAAGAAAAGUCGUAAAAUAGGCCAAAGCACAAAUUUCUCACUUAACAACAUAAAUUUGGUGCUCAAUUUUGGUCUUAAGUCGAAGACUCCCUUUAUUCCCUUCAACAUUAGCUGAAAAAUGAUUACCAUGGGUGACAUGCCUAAUUACAAGGAAUAAAUUUAUCAUAAUAUUAUCUAUGCCUCCUUCUAGCAAUAUACUCCCCUCCUGCUUAUGGUUAUUUUUCAGAUCAUCUGGGCAGACUUCCAGACAAAGCGCUGGUUUCUGGUCUCCAUUUCUUCUGUUGUCUAAAAUACUUAUGGAUCUCAGAUGCAUUAUUGGAAAAACAAUGGCUAGACAUAAACAUUUGGCUUUGCAGUGUGCCAGGUUCAUUUUUUUACUUUAAAACAUUUUUAAAAUAAAAGGUUAGGUGGAGUUAGAAACUUGGCAGGGUGAAAGGAGGUGUUUGUGGGCAUACAUUGCAAUGUUGUGAAACCUUAUUGUGUUAAAAUUAUACCUCCUGGAUUCAGGAUACCAUAGGAAACAACUCAAGGUAUUUCUAUACAUUUAUACUUUAUAGUUUCACAGCAAAUAAGCCAGGUGCCUCCAUAAAUUUGAGAUGUUAUCAUGCCUACAUGCUGUGACUAGGUAAUUUAAAUCUAUUGGUUAGCAACAAUACGUAGAAAUUUUUUGUGUAGGAAGUACAGUGAAUCAAAACGCUUUGUAAGUACAUGCCAAAGCAGCAAAUAAGGUAUUUUUCCCAAUCUCUUUUUGUAAAUUUGGGAAUCCAAGAGGUUUUAUGCCCAACUUAAUUUUGUUUUUGGUUUUAGGUUUUUACAUUUUUAAGACUCAAGUGGGACAUCAGCAUGCUGCAAAAUAAAACAAUAGCCUCAAGAAUAAUCUUGAUGCUAAUAGAAAAUACUUGUAUCUCGAUUUACUUGGUGCUCUCUGAGCUUGCUUGUUUUCUUGCAGAUAUUUCAUUACACAAACUAGCUAACAUCACCAGUGCUAAUAUAAUCUUGAUGUCUGUUGAUACUACUGGGAUCUUACAUUUUAAAAGGCAUUUACCAAAAGCUGCACAGCCAAGGGGAGCUCUUAAAAACAAAGCUGCCCCCUCCCCUCAGAGCUAGAGUGGGUGAUGAGCCUCUUGGGUAUUACAUGGCUCUGCUUAGAGACUGAAUUCUUUUCCAGACAUAUUGUUGUUCUUAUGUGUUUUUAAAGGCUUUUCAUGCUUUACUGAGUUGCAAUAGAGUCUGGUGGCCUUAUGUAUUUAAUUAAAUAAAUAGUAAACAGGUGGCUUGUAACUAAUCAUGUCCCUCAUACCAGCUGUACAUGUCCACAACAUGCUCACAACAUCCCAAAUACUCACUUUGUUUUACUUUCUGCUUUGACAUUUUGUUAGUCCAAUAAAUAAAUAAUAAAAUUAUACUCCAAAAGGAUGGAGACAGUAGAAGGUACACAGUAGUGACAAAUGUGUUUUUAGGAUUGUGUUAAAUUUGUAAACCCUUAUAAAGGCAUGGUUUGCUAUCCAAGCAAUGGUUUUACAUAAUAUGUACAUCUAAUCAAAAUCUUUAAAUAGAAUGAGAAAUGUAAUUGAUAGAUCUGUUUCUAUCAAGUGAGGAGUGUACUUUACAUUUAAAAUUAUAAAAACUGUUG